AGUACGCCGACGACAACGCCACCUCCGAUUAGAACACGGUACCCAAUUGGCGACACUUACUGUAUGUUGUACGCACCAUGUGAACAAAUCUGCAUUGAUCUUGGUGGGUCGAGUUACAGAUGCGAGUGUGAACCAGGGUUUGAACUACAAACCGAUGGCAAACAUUGUAGAAGUACGCCGACUACAACGCCACCUCCGUUUAGAACACGGUACCCAAUUGGCGACACCUACUGUAUGUUGUUUGCACCAUGUGAACAAAUCUGCAUUGAUCUGCGUGGUGGCUCGAGUUACAGAUGUGAGUGUGAACCAGGGUUUGAACUACAAACCGAUGGCAAAAAUUGUAGAAGUACGCCGACGACAACGCCACCUCCGAUUAGAACACGGUACCCAAUUGGCGACACAUAUUGUAUGUUGUUCGCACCAUGUGAACAGAUCUGCAUUGAUCUUGGUGGGUCGAGUUACAGAUGUGAUUGUGAACCAGGGUUUGAACUACAAACUGAUGGCACCACCUGUCGAGGUACGCCAACGACAACGCCACCUAUAACUAGACCUACAACUCGGUAUCCGAUUGGCGACACCUAUUGUAUGUUGUUCGCACCAUGUGAACAAAUCUGCAUUGAUCUAGAUGGUGGGUCGAGUUACAGAUGCGACUGUGAGCUUGGAUUCAAACUGCAGUCUGAUGGUUCUACUUGUAGAGCAAGUGCGAUGAACGCAGAGCGGACUAAAUCGAUCGUUGAACGCUUGCCUUUGGCGAAGGGUGUGGAAUGCAAAGCAGACCAGUUUAGAUGCGUCUCGGAUGACUGCAUUCCCACCACCUGGCGAUGCGACGGACAUCAGGACUGCGUCGAUGCGUCGGACGAGCUUAACUGCACAGAAACAUGUCCGCCCAACAUGUGGUUGUGCCACAACGGUGAGCACUGCAUUCCGAUACCAUGGCUCUGCGACGGAGAGUCGGACUGUAUUGACGAUUCGGAUGAAGCAAAUUGCUGCAAAGAAUCAAGCGAUACAGGGGGAGCCGAGAUAGCGAGAGACGAGGACACGGCGGGGACACAUGACGUCACGGGCCAUCGCGAAAAGGAACCGACCGGAGAGCAACGAACAGAGUUCCGCGAUUCGCAAACCGAGACUCGAACUAGACAGUGACAAGGUGUUUCGGCACUGAGAUAGACCGAACCGUCGGCAACGACCGUUUCUCUGGAAAUCACGGACUUGACUACAGUACAGGCGAUCACGUGCGCGACACGUGCCUGGAGAGAUUCACACAAGCGCAUGCGCGAAAUACCGACCAGACUAUAUCAUACUACCAGAGGUGAAUAGUGACAAAAUUGUGACAAAAUAAAUUGUGAUACAAUAAUGAUAAAUAAUGAUAAAUUUGUCUCCCCAACACCGUACGGGGAAGAAUUGGCUUCCCACAUUCUGAUGCAACCAUGGGGUAGGGUGUAGCACUCUCUAAAGUCCACCCACAUGUGAGAGGUGGGCUCCACGGCCUGAUUUAACUACGGGAGAAGGUUAACGCAUCCUAUAUUCUAACGUAACGACAACAGGGGGCUGGAAUUCGGAUACACACGCACAUACCAGCGUUAAGCUGCGUUUACACUAUCAACUUUUUUGUUGAAUGAGUUGUGAAACUUGUCAACUAAUCGACCGAAAGUUGGCAGUGUAAACGCAAAGGUUUAGCGCCCAACUAGCCUAGUGUUAUUGUAAAACCAGCUUUACAUUUAACCCGACACGCUGGCGCAUGCGUGGUCGCUUCCUGGUCGUGUGUUAGCUAGUGGUCGCCUGACUGACUCAAACUAACUAUUAAUUAAUCGAUAAAUUAAAUCAUUAUAAGCGUAAAAGCUAUAAAUUUUAAAAUAUACAGUCUAUAAUAACAACUAGGAAAAUAUAACCAUAAAUGAUUUAACGUUGACAUCUAUAGGUAUUGAGCUACAUAGAAUAUUUUUAGAGUAACGUAUAGAUAUUGGAAGAAUAAAAACAUGUAUCUAUGAAA